AGAAAAGCCAUUGAGUUGGCAGGUAUUUUCGGACGUAGGAUAGCAAAGACAUGGUAGGAGUUUUAAACUGUGUAAAAUUAACUUACCGUUACUUGCUGCAACGUUUAUCAAGAAAGAAUAUUUCAUUUAGUAUGUCUCGUCCAAGUUCUGAUAUGGCAGCUUUUCAAGCAGAAGUAAAAAACUCAAAAAACGUUCUCAUUCUUUCUGGAGCUGGAGUGAGUGCUGAAAGUGGUGUCCCUACUUUCCGUGGCGCUGGUGGGUUCUGGAGGAAGUAUGCAGCUCAAGAGUUGGCAAAUCCUGAUGCAUUUAGCAGGAAUCCAUCACUAGUGUGGGAGUUUUACCACUACAGACGUGAAGUAAUGGUCACCAAAAAGCCAAACCCUGCUCAUAAGGCUAUAGCUAGGUUUGAGCAGAAAAUGGUAAAUGAAGGAAAAAAGGUUGUGGUUGUUACUCAGAAUAUUGAUGAGCUGCAUCGACAGGCUGGAACACAGUCGUUAAUUGAGUUGCAUGGGACUCUGUUUAAAACCAGAUGCACAUCUUGUGGAGAGGUCAAGGAAAAUAGAGAUAGUCCAAUUUGUGAAGCUCUAAGAGACAGAGGGAUGCCAGAUCCACAGGCACAGUCUUCUCAAAUUCCCUUAAAUUUGCUUCCAAGAUGUCAGUCAUGUUCAGGCUUAUUAAGGCCUCAUGUUGUUUGGUUUGGGGAAAAUCUUGACAGAAAUGUUCUAAAGAGAGCGAUGGAUGAAAUUCAGAGCUGUGAUUUGUGUUUAGUAGUUGGUACAUCGUCUGUGGUCUAUCCGGCAGCCAUGUUUGCUCCCGAAGUUGCCAGACGAGGUGUCACAGUUGCUGAAUUCAAUUUAGAAGACACGCCAGAGACAUUUAACUUUAAAUACCAUUUCUCUGGCCCUGCUGGACAGUUGAUUCCUGUAGCUCUUGGAAAUGAAUAAGAUUUUUUAUUAUUCAAGAUUUGCCUUGUAUAUUAUUUUCAGUUGUUACUUUUAAAUACUGUAAUCGUAUACUGUUAUUAAUACAGUGUAGAAGCAGCUGCUAUUUUUAAUACAGUGUAGAAGUAGAUAUCAUGUUUAAACGAGUAUUAGGUAUAACAUGUUUAGAUGGGUAUUGCACAUAUUUUAUAUUGCUGUAAAUUUUGAUUCAUUGGCAAUAAAUAUAUUUAAAAUGACAAA